AUAAUGGUGAAAAACGUGAUUUUUACACAGCACGCCAUUCUGUACGUGGAAGCCGCUGCCAAUUCCAGCACCCCCGACAUAAAAUUCCUUCCAGUGCAGCUGGUCCUCCUCCCUUCUGGAAAACUAACAUAACACGUUUCAGCACACGGGAAUACAAUCUAAUUAGGGUAGGAAAUGAAAUUAUGCUGGAAUCCUGGUGUUGUGACGUCAGUUGACACAACCGGUAGCAAAGGGCAGGUAGUCAAGCAACGGUGUAGGCUACUGUUACGUAACAGAAAACAUUCUGUGAAUUGUAUAAAGCCAAAGAUUUUGACCGACCAGUCGUACUGUGCGAAUUCCUUAUUGCUUCAAUAAUGGAUGAGCUAUGGAUAAGCAACGAUCUGAGUUACGGAGAGAUCGACAUUCCCAUCUCCACGACAAACUGGAGAUACAGGCGGCAAGGACAUGUGGAGGAUUACUACACAAAAGGAUCACUACUGGGAGAGGGAGGAUGCGGAUCAGUAUAUGCUGGGACUCGCAUCUCUGAUGGACUGCCAGUUGCCCUAAAAUAUGUGGCGAAAGUAGAAGAAGACCUGCUUCUACCUGGACAGGAAGUCAGAACACCUCGGGAGGUGAGGCUAAUGGGCCUUGUGAAUGAGAACACGGGUCAUCCUAACAUCCUGCGGCUCUACGAGUGGUUCGAUGCCCCAGACUGCUACGUGAUGGUGCUAGAGCGGCCUGACCCCUGUAAGGACCUGGUGGACUUCUGCGACACCCAGAACAAAAAAGUGAUGGAUGAACAGCAGGCCCGGGCAGUGAUAGACCAGCUGCUUCACGCCCUCCUGCACUGCCAGCAUGCAGGAGUGUUCCAUCGGGAUGUGAAACCAACCAACAUCCUGAUAAACACGGAGACCCUGCGUGUCAUCCUCAUUGAUUUUGGGUGUGGAACUUCCUGGAAGGACACGCCUUUCAGUUCCUUCGCAGGCACCACUGACUUCUCACCUCCAGAGUGGUUUGAGGAGGGGCUGUACCAGGCUGGGCCCUUCACAGUGUGGUCCCUCGGGGUCACAGUGUUUGAUAUCGUUUGUGGCUACCUGCCAUUUAACCCGGACGAUGGCCAUGAGAGCAUGAGCAGAGUCCACUUCCCUACAGGGCUGUCCUCAGAAAUCAAGGACUUCAUGAGCAGGUGUUUGGCACCAGAGGUGAACGAACGAGCGACGCUAGAAGAGCUCCAGCGUCACCCGUGGCUCCACCCCACCUGCUUACAACAAGUAGGAUUCAGGAAGAGGAAGAUGAGGAGGGAGGAAGAUGGAGAGCAGAAAAGGAGCUCCUCUGACUCUCUCAUUCCCGCAAAGUGCCUCCGGAAAGAUCAAGAUGAAUGGCUUCAGCUUCUGGUAUCACCUACUCCAGGAGGAGAAGGCCAAGGCCAUGAAGGAAAGGGGCUGAGUGAACAUGGUCCCCAGGCCCCCGUACUCAGCCUUGGCCAGACAGAGGAUGACCAUCUGAGCCACGGCCAAAGCAGUGAGCAGUUCCUAUCUGCCUGCUCCUCUUUGCGGUCGUAUUACAGCUGUCAAUCCACAGAGAGGAGAGGCAUGAAUGAGGAGACAGGCGUGAAGAGCCAUCGGGAGAACCAGGAAAUGGCAGCAAACUGCCUUACGAAAGCCUCAGAAAAGCCCCAGAAGGCUGGCGUGAGGAAGAGGAAGAUGGGGUGUGAAGAACAGGCAGUGGUGCAGGGAAAGAACCUGGGUCCCUACAGCGGGACCAGACCUGCAAAGUGCCCACGGAAAGAUUUGCAGGAUAUGGGCCAGAUGAUGCACUACUCUGCCUCGAUGCCUCGGGCCUCCAGGACCAUGAACCCAAUGUCCUCCUGGGGUGGAUAAUAUAACGUUGAGGCAGACUGGCACAAACAGAAACUAAGCAGCUCGGUCACUUUUCAUCGCUGUUUAACUUUCGGUUUGACACCGACACAUGGAUACGUCUGCUUGAACCCCAUAUUAUCCUCCACCUUCCCAGCCUGCCUUAACCCUGUUUUAGCCCCGCCCCACCUCAGAUGCAGUAAGUGCCAAAGUACAUGGUGUGCUUCACUGCAGUCUGCAGCCACAUACACAAGCCACCAUGCGGCAGGAAAGCUUGUGGACCGCACGUUUGUAAGCCUUGUUGUAGUACACAUUGUACAUUAAAAAUAUUCAGAAUAAUUAUCCAAGGGACAUACAAUUAAAAUGACAAUAAGAAGUCAAAUAAAACCUGGGGAAGUUUGGUGACUCUCCCUCAGGCAAUAUUUGUGGUGCUUUGUGCAGCAGCAGUUCUGACUUCCUGCUUUUCCAGGUGGAUGAAGUUUCUGUGCUGCAGUCCCAUCAAGCCAGGGAGGCUGUGCAGGAAACUGAUCAGCGGAGGAAAGCCACAGUGCAGCCGGGUCCAGAGAGCUAAGCCCAGGCCAAGUUAAAUCAAAGACAAUGAGUUCCAUUAGUGCUUAUGAUCAGCAUGGCAGAGGUAAAGCACUAUAACACACACAGGCCCCGUGCACACAUACAUUCACACGCUUUGCUGUUUCUGUCUUCUGCAACUUUGUAUGCUCCCACAAUGCCAGCUAUCCCUCUGCAGUUCAGCAGCUGAACUGCGCAGUCAGUUUAGUAUGUAGUGUUCCUGUUGGCCAUACUUAAUUUCAGGCUAACAUGGCUUUUUAUAGCACAAAUGAAAAAUUGAACACUGACAUUUCUAGAGGGGAUUUGAGUCAUUCAAAACCAUACCUAAAAGCUGUGCAGUUUCUCCUGAGAAGACGCACCCUUAUUUCCCACAGGGUGUCGUGUGCAGGUGCCUUUCCACCCCUCUAUGGUCCCCCAGGAGUCCACAGGAUUCCACGGGUCGAGGAUCUGUGGGUCCUGUGGAGGGAGAGAAUGGGGGAUGCCUGUUUGUUAUACCUAUCAGUCUUUCUGUCCUCCAAUUAGGAAACUGUAAAGCUAACUCUUAGGAGAGAUGCCAUCAGUCCAGUAAAGCUAACCUUCUCCUGGUCUCCCUGCCCAGGAAACAACACAACCUCCGUCAGUGCAGUUGACAGUGUGGCCAUGUGGGGGCGCAGUGUGUAACAUUUUCCACAGGUAGCUCUCCUGUAAGAAGGUGGCUCUGCAGGUCCCUGUCCACCCCUUCCAGAUCCGCCAUGAUUCAUUCCACACCUGUGGGUCAGGAAACUGUGGGUCCUGUUCCACUGUCUAAACAGGAGCAACUGUUACUACAGCCCUGAUCAGACGUAAUCCUCAUCAGUGUGAAGGGAGAGUACUUCCAGCAACCCGUUCUUCUGUUCAAGAGAACCUGCCAUUGCUGACUACAUCAUCUUCAUACGACU